GCUGGGCUGACGGCUCACGGCUGGACUUCUCCACUAGAUGCACUAUAUAUACACUGUCCAUCUCACCAUAUGCACCAUCCCACUCCACCACAGCACCAACCUACCCAGCUCAGCACAACAGAAGAGACACAAGCACAGCUUGUCAGACCUGACAUCGGCUAAACACACCGGCCUCCAUCAUGAUGCGCACUGGAGUCCUGAUUGGACUUGUCCUGCUCUCCCUGCUCUCCUCAGGCCAAUCUGCAGAGGUGGAUCUGAAAACCCUGGCGGAAAUCACUAGAGUCUUUCAGACCAAGUAUCAACCAUCUGGACAGACCAACAGUGGCGUUGGUGUCCAGUAUGCUGUGGCCAUCAACGUCCCGGCAAACCAGUGUGGGGCCACAUUCAGUCAGAACUUCCUCAGCCAAGAGGACGAAAGAACGGUCAAGCGGGAACUCACGGCCAAGAAGCUCUACCAGGGGCCACAGAUGGUCGCUGCCACUCCAAAGGGUAAGAGUCACUCAUCUAAGAUCCACUCAGAGCGUGCCUUGCUCAUGUGCACUGACUUAGACCAAGCUGUCACUCCUGUGCAAAACCUGCUGAACAAGGACAAAGAUGGCUGUGUGGUGUUCUACACCUACAACUCCCCAUGUCUGGAGUACUGCCUGAACCCUGGAUUUGACGAGAACGAAAGGAACCGGGAGAAGGUCGGGAGAGAGAGGGCCGAGAGAAGGGGGGAAACGUACAACUUGCCUCCCGCUGUGGCAAGGUGCAUCCUGAACUCUCUCAGUAUGCUCUCCAACCACAAUGGUCCCAAGGCCUUCGUGUUCAGUCAGGUCUACAGGAAUGAUAUAAACAAGCCUGAGCUGGCAGCUGCCCUGAAGAAGGUUGCAGAGCAGGUUCCCCUCUACAAGUGUACCACCAACUCCUGUGUCAAGUGUCUGAACAAUAAUGAGAUCAACAACGAAUGCCUGUCUUAAGAGAUAAACAUUGCAAUUACUGUACGUUGAGAUUUUUUUAUUUUAAUGUUAAUGAUUACAAUCUUUUGACUUGAUUUACUAACCAAUUAAUACUUCCUAAAUGCUAACUGCUGUAACAAUUGUGAUUUGUAAUGUUUUAUUAGCAGUAAUACAAAUCUCAGCAACGAUUAAAGAUGUUUGUCUUUGUU